GUCUUUGUAGAGUGUAGCUGCACGGGGACUCUGAACUGCACGGCCACCGCCUCAUCACGUGCCGAUACCUUCCUUCGCUGUAUCGGGGCCGCGGCGUGGACUUGCCGCGGGCCACGGACCUCACGGAUACCGCCCCGCGGACCCGCGGUCAUUCGUAGCGCGUCCGACGGCGUAGCAACAACCAACGCCACGUGAAUUUUUCAUAGCUACAGCUGUUCGUGACGUCACCCUAGCUGACAGCUGAAAAGAAGAAACAAACAAACACAAGCAAGAUGGCGUAAGUGGCAGACAAAGAGCAGAGUAUUUACUAGACGAGUAUUGUGCGAAACCUUUUAGCUGCUCUAGUGAAGUUUCGUCCAGAACAUAGAUAUUGCAUUUAUUGAAAUGCUAGAUUUGGAGUUGGUCCCAGAGACGUCGCUAGGAUGCGAGCAAUGGGAGUUUAUACUGGGAAUGCACUUUUCCCAAGCAAUAGCAAUUAUACAGUCCCAAGUGGGUAUUAUCAAAGGAGUACAAGUACUCUACAGUGAUCAGAACCCCUUAAAUGUUGAUCUCAUGAUCAAUCUACCACAAGAUGGAGUUCGGUUGAUCUUUGAUCCUGUGUUCCAGAGGUUGAAGAUAAUAGAAAUUUACAACAUGAAACUGACAAAACUUAAAUAUUGUGGGCUGCCCUUCAAUUCCCCUGAAGUGCCCCCCAGCAUCCAACAAAUUGAGCACUCUUUUGGAGCCACAAGACCUGGAGUGUAUGAUUCAGAGAAACAGUUGUUUGUUCUCAACUUCAGGGGCCUGUCAUUUUGUUUUCCAGUUGAAUCGAAGUUCCAGCCGGGGUAUGCGCACGGCCUUGGAUCUCUGCAGUUCCCCAAUGGAGCCUCCCCUGUGGUGUCACGAACAUGUAUAUAUGCUGGGAGCAACUUAGCCGAGUGCAAAGCCCCACAUUUGCCUUUGUCUUGCUAUCACAAUCAAUUGUAUCUGGAGGAAUGUCACAUUCUCUCCUCAUCCCUAGCCAAUAAUGGCACUGGCCUUACUCGAGGUUUACGCCUACACCUUUUCACUCAAGGUCAAUCAAGAGAUAUGGAUCCUAAAAGACAAACUUUAACAAGGGAAGUGCUUUUCGGUGAUACUUGUCAAGAUGUUGCUGCAGCUCUUGGAGCACCAUCACGUGUCUUUUAUAAAGCAGAGGAUAAAAUGAAGAUUCACAGCCCCAAUGCCCAUCGUCGUGUCACUGCCAGACGCUCUGAUUUCUUCUUUAACUAUUUUACCCUUGGCAUUGAUGUUUUAUUUGAUGCUAAAACUCAGAAGGCAAAGAAGUUUGUUCUUCAUACCAACUAUCCAGGACAUUACAAUUUUAACAUGUAUCAUAGAUGUGAAUUUCAACUUAACCUUGUCCCUUCAAAGAGUCUCAUUAAAAGUACUGGUGAACAGAUUAUUGACUCUCCAGCACCUGUAAAUAUAACUGCAUAUUCUAAGUGGGAUGCCAUUUCACAACAACUGAAACCAAGUGAGAGACCUGUUGUCCUAACAAGGGCCAACUCAACCAACACUACCAACCCAUUUGGGUCGACAUUCUGCUAUGGCUAUCAAGACAUUAUUUUUGAGGUCAUGGCCAACAACUAUAUAGCUUCAGUUACUUUGUAUCAGGCAGAAAAAACUGCUGCUGAAGUAUGACAAUGGCUUAAUGCCACGCUCCUUACUCAAGAGGGGCGAUUUUGGCAGCAUCGGCAGCACGAAAGGGCAUAAAAUGGAAAAAAAAAGAUGUGUUAAUUCUUUAUUCCUGUUUAAGCUUACUAGUUACAUUUUCACAUGUAAAUUUAAAAAAAAAAGUCAUUAAAACUUUCCUUAAAUGGCCCUCCACAGGGAGUGUGAAGUAAGCCACUCCCUAAAGGCUACCCAAAAAAAGUUAUGUGAGAUCACCUCGAGGAUCACCUUCCUGUGUCUCUACAACUGAAUGGGUCUAGUGGAAUAGACUGAGCAUUGAUUCAGAUGCAUAUUUGAUGUGGACCUUGUUUCAAAUCAAGUGAAAAUCUCAGAAAGGACAAAAGGGAUUCGCUACAUUCUGUGUCAUGUCUUGUGAGUGUGAUGUGUAUGGGUGCAGUGAGCAUUUUGUUCCGCAUUAGCAAUAACCUUUUUUAAUUAUUUUUUCUGAAAGUUGUAUUGAAAAUUGACGGCAAGAAUUUUAAUGAAGGAUUUCUUUAAAGUCUGCAUUCACCUUAUUUUGGUACAAUGUUUCCAAUUUGAAGUAGACACAAUAUUACCAUGUAUAUGUAUAACAUUAGAGUUAUUGUGUAUCUCUUAUGUUGGUUCUGGUUAAUAUUAAAUGUAGCAUCUUUAUAAUUGGAUCAUUGAUGUUGAAUGUUUGAACACUACUAAAGUAGAAGGUGUGCAUUUUUUGAGUAGGCUGAUCCAGAUUAGACCUAAAAUGUUUGAAAAAAGAAAAUGGGAAAAAAAUGAGCUUGUUCAAAUCUGCACAAGAGCUUCAUUAAACCUUUGUGUGAUAAUAAUAACUUUUUAUAUUUUGACUUGUAGAGUUCUGCAUCUAACUCUCAUGCAUAUGUUCCCACCUGUUAUAAACUUUUGUGAAAGUGUUUGGUAGAGCUGUGAGUUAACACAGUGAUUAAUGAAAAUAGAGCUUAGAAUGGUUUUAAUUGACCCAGCUGUGGUAGUGUUCAAAAGAAAAAAGAUUAUUUUGAUAUACGUAUUGUUUUAGAGAAUAAGUGUUGCAUCCUUUCAUGACAACUUCAUUUUAAUUGUAACUAAGUAAUGUGUUAGAAGAUUCUACCUAAGCUCUUCUUAUGUUCUACAGACCUUGGAUGAACACUCUUUUGAAUUUUUGUUUCCUUUCUGUUAGUUGGUUCAUCUUAAUUGAAACGGCUUAAUCACUAGUGUUUUAUUGUAAUCCGUGGUACUUAAUCAUGGAGUAAACAUACCACAACCAAAGUAAUUUAUUUUUAUUUAUCAUACUCAGAUUCUCAGGGUUUCUAACUAAAUUCUGUGUGACAUCUGUCCCAACUUCAAUGUCAUUUCUGGUCUUGAACUUGUGACUAUUUAUUUGCAUUAACUAUUAUGUAACACAAGAUUAUUUGUGAUUCAUUUCUUCUCUGUUUUAGUAUGAACAGGAUUGAAAACAGAUAUGUAUAAAAUUUUAUGAUUUUUUUUCUGUACAUGAGCCCCCCCCCCCCCCCCCCCCCCGAAUUGCUUUUCGUGCUUUUAAAAUUUUACUAACCUAGGAUCUGGUAUAUGGACGAAGGCACAUCCUUUCAUGCUAAACCAACUGAGACCUGUCUUUUCUCACCAGUGUAUUUGUUCGAUUUGAAAUUCUCAUUGCUUUGUGUUCACAUCUUAAUAAUUUUAAGAUAUUUAACCCAUAUCAUGUUAUUGCUAUGUUCCUGUGCAAUUUGUCACUUUGACAACAUUUCUUUUUAGUUAGGUGUUUAUUGUGUCCACUCUUUACUACCUUUUCAGUUGAAGGACUGUAUCUUGUGUAUUUGUUCACAUGUACAUUAAUUUUCAUUUGAGCACAAUAACAGGCUCUCAUUUUGUAAAAUAUUAUCGUUAGACUUUACUGUAGACAUCUUCUCUUAAAAGGUGGUUUCAUGUUGCUUACUAUAUGCUGCCAUCAUGAUAAAAAGUUAAAGUUUUGGAGCCAAGCAAACAAGGUUCUUUCACCGAACUUUCCCAAACAUAGUGAAUUACAUGUAUGCCAAUCAAAUAUAAUGAGUUUCUUCAAAGAAUAGUUGACCAAGUUCUUUUUGUUUAAACUGUUUUAGAAGGUACAUGGUUUCUGCUGUGAUGCGUGUGAAAAAUAAGGCUCUUUGAAUUUUUCACAAAGGAUGCCAAUGUGAGACAUGUUGCACUGUUGAGUACCCCUCUUCAGUGCUGUUUCUAAAAUUCUUGUUUUCCCUUAUGGGACAGAGAAUUGAUGUUAGAUUUGGAUGAGCUUCUACCCUCAUCUUCCAAGGCCCAGUCUAGUCCAAACAUACCCCUUCUUUGGCGUGUGAAAUAUUGAAUCAAUUUCAUCCUAGGUGCAUAUUUAUAAAACUAGGUUGUAGAAUGAACUUUUUCUUAUUUCCUGUCAAAGGGAUUUUAAAUGUUCCCAUUCACGGUGCAAUGCAUAUGUUUGCUGGUAUUAGAGAUCCUUCUGUUGACUCCUAGAAACCUCCAAUAUUCUUCCAUUUUUCUUCCACACCCCUGAAUCUUUUUAAUUUGCAAAUUUCGAUGGAGUUGUGCAGUACUUUGAAAGAUGAAAAUGGUUUGAAAAUAGGGGAAGUGGUAUUUAUGUCAUUACAUUUGACAAGUGGUUUACCUUGCUCUGUGAGGAAUGAUUUCAUAGCGUUCCUUUGCUCAGUACACAUGAUGAGGCUUUUGAAAAUGUUGCAAUUUUCUAUUGUAACACGACCCUCCAUUACUACUUUUGUCUGGCUUCCAAUCCCUUGUAUCUGUAAAUCCAGUUAUGUGGGACUUCAAAUUAUGUGUUAGUGUGAAGUGAAAAAUUUGUAGAAGUACAUCCCUGCGUAUUUUAACUGCCUAUGUAACUCUUUGUGUCUGAAAUAAAAGGCACAGUGAAAGGCCCUAGUGUCAAUAUUCGUUGUGAGCGAAAUAUGUAGCAUCUACUACCUGUGCAUGUAGAAGAUAGCUCUUAUGGAUUUUAUGCUAUACACAAGAAUCACUUCAUCACUAUGCAUUCAUUAUUUAUAUUUGUAAAAUUGAGCUGUUUUGAGAACUGUUCAUAAGGUCGUGCCGUACUACAAUGAAAAAACUACCAAAAUAAAAAUAUUUUCAAGGU